GGAAGUGGCAGAGCGGAUCAGAUCAGGGGGAUGUGUGUGGCGUGUGUUGUGUGUGUGUGAGAGAGUGAGUGUGUCUAUGAGUGUAUGCGUCCGACCAGAAGAGGCGAGCGAGAGCCGCUGCUAGAGAGCCCAGGCGAGCACGGACACACAGCACAGAGCGAGCAGCACCGGGCGCUGGAGCUGGCUGGAGUGAAUGAGCCGCGCUGUGUAAAGGCCAUUAUGCGUUCGCAGCGUCAUCUGGGAUGGAGGCGCCGCUAAUGGUGGGGAGGGGGGCCGGAGGAACUGCGAGCUGCGCCCUCAUCGUCGUCGUCCUCCUCUUCUCGGCCAGGGGCUCCCGGGCUCAGAAAGGCGAUGGCUGUGGGCACACGGUGCUUGGCGCAGGAAGCGGUAGCCUGGCAUCUCUGGGCUACCCUCUCUUUUACCCUGCACACUCAGUGUGUGAGUGGGAGAUUAGUGGGAGCGCCGGACACACACUCCUCCUGCGCGUGGCGGACCUCGACAUCGAUACACACAACUGCCAGGUGUCCUACCUCCGGCUGUUCGAUGGUAUCGGAGCAGGCAGGACAGAGAUAGUGAAGUUGUGUCAUGGAGAUGUGAGCGGUCCGAGGGAAGUGAAGUCGUCUGGCCAUCAGGUCACGGUGCAGUUUAUGAGCGGCCCACACAGCCUCGGGCGCGGCUUCUUCCUCUCCUACGCCAGCAGCCAGCAGCCAGAUCUGAUCUCUUGUUUGGAGAAAGGAAAUGACUUUACUGAAGCCGAGUUCAGUAAAUUCUGUCCUGCCGGGUGUCUGACUGAUUUUGGCGAGGUGUCUGGGACCAUACCCCAUGGCUACAGAGAUUCGUCGUCUCUGUGUCUGGCUGGUAUCCAUGCCGGCGUGGUGUCGAACACACUAGGAGGCCGUGUCAGUGUAGUGAGCAGUACAGGCAUCCCGCACUAUGAUAGCACACUGGCCAACAAUGUCACCUCUGUAGGAGGGAACCUCUCCCCCAGUCUCUUCACCUUUAGAACCAGUGGCUGCUAUGGUACACUGGGCUUGGAGUCAGGGGUGAUCAGUGAUUCUCAGAUCUCAGUCUCCUCUGUGUGGGAGUGGGGUCGUCACGGCGAUAAGCCUUCGAUGUGGGCACCUUCAGGGGCACGGCUUAAAAAGCCUGGGCUUCCCUGGGCAGCCGCCAACAGCGACUCAAAACAGUGGAUACAGGUGGACCUGAAGAAAGAGAAACGAGUGACAGGAAUCAUCACCACUGGCUCCGCCUUACCCGAAUUCCAGUUUUAUGUGUCAGCCUAUCGAGUGCACUAUAGCCGUGAUGGACAGGACUGGAUAGCCUAUCAGGAAACAGGCUCAAAUCAAGACAAGGUCUUCCAAGGGAAUACCAACUACCUUCAGGAAGUACGGAACAACUUCAUCCCACCUAUUGAAGCGCGGUUUAUCAGAAUAACCCCUGUGCAGUGGCAUCAGAGGAUUGCACUAAAAAUGGAGCUGCUUGGCUGUCAAGUAUCUACAGUGACUCCGCGAAUGUUCAAUCCAGUCCCUCCUCCUCCAAAAAGAAACACCGUACCUCCACUACAGGAGCAGACGACACACACGCCUAACAUCCGAAACACCACCGUGCCUCCUCACUCUCAUAACGAGGUGGCGUUAGUGGCCGUGUUGGUUCCUGUGCUGGUGGUGGUUCUCACAGCUCCAGUGCUGUUGAUCGUGUGUGCGUGGCUAUGGAAGAGCAGGAAAAGUCCGGAAGUGACGUACGACCUUCCACACUGGGACCGCACAGUGUGGUGGAAGAGCAUGAAGCAACUGUUGCCGUCUAAGCUGGAUGGGGAGGAGUGUGUGCGCUACAGCGCUACUGCGCGAGCUGAGCACCAGAGACCACGUGUAGAACCUGCAGAAUAUGCUCAGCCUCUGGUAAGCGGUACCAUGGCCUCUCUGGGUCAGAGGUCAACAUUUAAGCCUGAAGAAGGAGUCGACCCUGAGUACGAUGCCCCGUUGACCCCUGAGCAAUAUCACGCCUAUGCUGAACCGCUUCCCGCCUCUGGAACAGAGUAUGCCAUUCCCAUCACGAUCGACAGGGCUAAUCACAUAACAGGAGGCACUCUGCCUUUCCGAGGGCGGGGAUUAAUAGCCCGGAGGGACAGCAACCAAUCAGGGAGCUCCAUGUAUGACACGCCUAAAAGCACAUCUGACCAAACUGCGUCUACAGACGGCCAAAUAUACCAGGUGCCUCAGAAUUCCCACAGUCCACCAUGCCAGGAAAUAGACUGACCAAACCGAGCAUGGUGCUCAAGUCUGAGAAGAACUUUGACUCCAAGACUGACUGUCGGACUCGGACAAGUGUGCAUGUGUGAAAGUGCAUGUUUGUGCUCAUAGCUGUAUGUGCAAACGUCAUAGUUCUAGUCUCCUCUGCAUGUCAUAGCAGUCGUAUCACUGAAAUAACACCAGGAAUGUCUGAGAGAGAUGAGUUAGGCAGGGAGACUGUUACACUACUGUUUUAGGUCGUGUCUACGUGUGUGUGUGUGUGUGUGUGUGUGUGUGUGUGUGUGUGUGUGUGUGUGUGUGUGUGUGUGUGUGCGCGUGUGUAUAUGAAUGUUCUCUGAUGUUAAACUGUGAGUCCCUGCACAUUUUCUUUCAUGCUGAGAGGAAUCAGUCCCAAAGUCUUAUUCGUAGGGUCUAUUUCACAACGUGGUGCAUGCUCAUGGUGGUUUACACUGUUUAUUUUAACCUGUAUCAAAAGUGAAAUGAUCAUGUUGCUUUUGUCACUUAAAAAAAAGACCCUUUUUCCUGCAUUUCAAAAUUAUAACUUAAUAGAAGCAGUCACCCUAGAUAGGUUCCUGCUUGGUUGCAUGUUCACCAUUAAUAACCUACACAAGUAGGCUAUUAGCUGGAAAAACGGUACAUCAACUUUCUGAAGCGUUCUCAUCACCGUCUAUGCAAAAGCAUGUUUUUUACUCUGCUCUCACACCUCAAAAAUCUGUCACUGUUCUGAAAAUAAAUGUAUUUUUUCAUAUUACCUUCCUGCUGAGAUAUGACAGCUAUGUGGAGUGCCAAAACCACUAGCAGACCGUGCCUAAAAUCUCCAGCGCUCAUGGAUGCACUGUUGUCAUAGAUACACUGUUGCCUUGGGGCGCCUUGCCGAAUGUGACACUUUCGUGCUGAAUGAAAAUAAAGUACGAAAUAAAAAUGCCACCAUGCUUGCCAUUAAGUAAGUACACCUGGCUUUAGUCUUGAAUGCCUUGAAUGAUAAUGAUAAAGAUAAACGAUGAUGCACUCGAAUAAGUGGUGUAACAUUCUAAUAUUAGACCAAAAGUUACUUUCAGAUGUACUUUGUGCGCACUCUCCUGUUCAAAGUGCGAUUUACUGCGAGAACAUCUAAUCGAGAUCUUCAGCAGAUCUUCACUCGACCUGCAGUCAACAGAGCGUAAAGUGUGUUUUAUGGUACUAACAUGUCAGUGUUCAGUUCAGAAUAUUAACCAAAGCAGAAUCUCCAUCACUGAGACUUUCAGAGUGUGUGUAUGAUCUGUCUCAGUGCCUGUUUUAAUAUCUACAAGUUCUGAUGGUGUUGAUGUGGCUGUUUCUUUGUCUGUCAUGUGCACUGUAUUCAUAAUUGUGUGUGUGUGUAUGUGUGUAUGUCUGUCUGCUAUUCACUGUAAGUGGUUUCUGAAUUAUGGUUCGUACUGUAGAAUGACUGUAAAGAAUGACUGUAUAGAAAAUUGCAAAGUAAAGUUUUAAUAAAAAAUAUGAUUACAGA